GCUGCUUCAAGCUGCGUGCAAGCUGCAAGCUUCAAGUUAUAGGGAUAAAUAUCCUGAAGCUUGGAUAAUUAUCUCUCUCAACUUUGAUUUAUUUUAACGUUAAUAUUUGUAUAUCUAAUUAAAUAAUAUCGAACUUAUCAACAAUAAAUUAAUAAAUUUUACAUGAACAUAAACCGAAACUCAAUGUUUUGGGGUUAGGUUGCUUUGUAAUUAUAUAGAAUUUUAAAUCAGCCAAUCAGAGUUGAAAAUUAUUAUCAUGCUCCCCUGACUGUACACUUAGUUUUGUACAUAAUUAUGAUUUUGCGAAAAUGCACUAUUGUCUUAGAUAAAGUAAAUUAAUAAUACAAUCGAAAACAUCAUUUUUGCCUUCAGAGUUAAUUUUCGAAAGAUAUCUUUAAGCUUGUAAUGGAUGUUGAAUAUAACCUCGUAAGAGAAAUAGAUUGUAAACAAGGGGCUGUAAGAGCAGUACGAUUUAGUGUUGAUGGUACUUAUUGUUUAACCUGUGGCUCUGAUAGAAAAUUAAAAUUAUGGAAUCCGCACAGAGGUGUUGCUUUAAAAAUUUAUGGAGGACACGGAGACGAAGUAAUGGAUGCUUGUGCAUCCUGUGAUAGUAGUCAACUUGUGUCUUGCGGAUUAGAUAAGUCAGUCAUUCUUUGGGAUGUGGCAACUGGAACUCCAGUUCGUCGUUUAAGAGGUCAUGCAGGUCCUGUUAAUGCUGUAAGAUUUAACGAGGAGUCUUCUAUGGUUGUCUCUGGAUCCCGAGAUAAUUCAGUCAUGUGCUGGGAUGUGCGUUCUAAGGUACAGGAUCCUGUACAAUGCUUAGGCGAGGCUAAAGAUUCUAUUUCAAGCAUCAGAGUAUCAGAUCACGAAAUUUUAACAGCUUCAUUCGAUGGUAAAAUACGUAGAUAUGAUAUUCGCGUUGGUGAAAUGUAUGGAGACUACAUGGGUGAUGCUGUGACAUGUGCCAGUUUUACAAGAGAUGGCCAGUGCAUAGUGGUUAGUUGUGCGGAUGCUGUAAUUAGAUUAAUGGACAAAGAUUCUGGAGAGUUACUGGGAGAGUUCACUGGACACGAGGCAAAUAAUUUGUGCCUAGAAUCAAGUGUAGAUAUCCAAGACACUCGCAUUCUUUCCGGAUCGGCAGAUGGAAAAUUAUGGAUAUGGGAUCUAGUUUCUCAAAAAGUCGUUGCAAAACUUUCAGGAUUUAAACCAACGAAACAUCCCGUCGUGUCGUUGAGUGUUCAUCCACAAGUAAACUGUUUUCUAGCUUCUAAUGGAUCAAGCAUAUUAAUGUGGAGUGCUGCAUCUUUGGUACAAGAAUAAUUCUUUAGGACCAAGAGUUGUAAUCGUAAUUCUCGCAUGUUUAAAAUAAUACCACGUUAUCAUAAAUACCAUGCUG